AUGGAAAAGAACACGCAACAGUUGGAGUACCGUACGAACGAAUGCUUCGUGGGUUCCGGUCAUGUUGAGGAACUGUUAACGGAGCUGAUUCCGUACCUGUCGCAGUAUAAUCCACGCGCAAAAGUGCUACUCAUAACACAGGAUUUGGAUGAUCAAGAGCUAGCAGAACUUUUUCAUGUCGCCUGGUAUAAGUAUCGAUUGUUGCAGAUGAUUGUACUGAACCAUGGUAACGAGACUAUAGAAAGCUGCGUAUUCAAUCCCUUCCAGAAGGGUCUUUCGUUGGAUCUACAAAACUUACCAACGAUUAAAUCCGAUCUAUACUGCAGCUUGCUGCGGGAUGUGGCAGAACUGGAGGCAUACAAUCGAAAUUUGACUCGUUUCAUUGACGAUCGCGUAAACCAUCUGCACGGAUAUCCUUUGAACAUUGCGAUGCACGUGAGCAACGGUUCGACUUCGGCGUACGACUGCAUUUUGGGUACGGUUAGUUUCACUGAUAUCGAUCAGGAAAUUCUUUCCAUUAUGCAAAAACUCAUGAACUUCAGUAUGAUUUUACACAAAAACGAGCUCGAGCUAUCGAUCGGAUAUAUCCAUCAGAACGGAACACCUGUCGGCACGCUUGGAUUAAUUGAGAAUAAUCUGGUCGAUUUAGCAGCUAACUCACGCAUCAUUCACAAUUACAAUACGAAAAAUUUACUGUACUUGCAUUACAUCUCCACGGACAAACUAGUCUUCAUAACACCGCGCAACUUUUUCAAGUAUCGAGACAAAACACAAGUGUUUAUUAAUCCAUUCAGCGUGGCCUACAUGCUCACAAACGUGCUACUAUCGUUCGGUGUUCCGAUGAUUAUAUUUUUACUUGAGUACGCCGCCUAUAAACUCGACGUACCCAGAGAAAAAAGCAACUAUUCGUUCGGUACCAAAGUGCUGAACCUCGUGGGUAUUAUCUACAACGUCUCGGUGAAAUUGCCCCGUGCAGCCCGCAAGCGCUGGAUUAUAGUUGGACUACUGGUUUACAACAUCGUAUCGUAUCCGAUCUGGCAAGGUGUCACUAUCCGCUACCUGCAUCCCAGCAACCAGCAAGUGAAUAAUAUCAACAGUUUAGAAGAGUUGAUUGAAACGAACCUUGAGCUGAAGGUGUCGCACUACCAUGAGCAUAUCGUGCGUCACGAGGGACCACACUUUCAAAACCCAUUGUACAAUGCACUUUCGAAUCGAUUGUCUACUAAAAAUACUUCCUCCCUGCGCGAUUCCAUUGAGCAGAUCAUAAUCCACCGCAAUUCUGCACUACUUAUCGCCGAUGAAUACGUGCCGCUCGUUUUGGCAGGAAAUUACAAGUGGAUACCAGGUAAGCCGGAUGCCAUAUGGCCUAUUCAGAAACCGGUCUAUGAGUUCUACAAAUCGAUGGCCGUUCCAAAAACGUCCCCAUUUGCUGGUUCGUUCAAUGGGAUUGUUUUGCACUGCGUCGAGGCCGGUUUGAACGAUCGGUUCAUGCAUCAGCUCGAGACGGUGGUGCAGUUGAUGAAAAUUAGACGCAUCCGGGAGCAUCCUUCGGUUCCCGAUUAUAUUGUGUUCAAUAUGGAACAUUUGCAGCCAUUGUUUAUUUUCUACUUCGCGAUGCUAUUGCUAUCGAGUGGGAUUUUCCUGAUCGAACUAAUAGUUAAGCGAAUAGAACGGGCACGUUCAUCGCAAAUGAUACAACCUGUGCAAAAAUAUGUACCUUUUGAAUUUAUCCUUUGA